AUGUCUGGCAGCGGUGUCGAGCAGGCUUCUGGCACCCGGAACUCCCAGCCGCCGUUUGGGCGACAAUCAUCAGCGCCAUCCUAUACCCAAUCCGUGAACGAUGCUUUCAGUCCAUUCGAGGUCUCACCGAUCACACCUUUUUCUCCCUCCAGUGCCCUGGCCCACACCACGUAUCCUUCCUCCCGCCGAUCGGGCUUCGAGUCAAUCGAUUCCAUAUCCGCAAAUCAUCUGCAUUCUGGCGGUCAACCUGAAGAGACGGGGCGUGACUCUCCCGAUCCUGACGACUAUUAUCGACAGAGUGCAUCUUUGUCAGCACCACUCAAGGCGGGCGUUGGCAAUGUGACGGGUGCAAGGGACGGCAUGGUAUCGGGUCCCUCGCCGAAUGAGAGAGUGUCCGCUUUGCCAGCAAACGUCUUAGAAUCCUCACGCACCAGACGCCCAAUACUUCGCUCCGUAUCUGAUUCGCCUACCUUGGGAGAAGGCCCCACCAAUGUAUCUUCAGCAGCCACUUCUAUCAAUUCCCGACAGCCAUCCUUCAGAGACCUUAUCAACAGGUUCAACAAUACUUCUGACUCAGUCAUUCCCCUCCCCUCCGCAUCUCGAUCAACUUCACGCGCUGCGAGCCCGACAGGCAGCGAACACGGAUCUGAACGCUCUUCGCUGUCACGACGUCGUCCAUUGCGCGAAUCCUUACCACCAAUUUUCGACGUGAGCAGCCCCACGGUGCAAAUUGAGUCACCAACAUCAUUGCCUCAGACACAAGGACCGACAAAGCCACUAACAACAGUUCCACCACCGCUCUACCAACGUAUUCCAGAAUCGCAUCCGCGACGACCGUUGUUCGGUGAAUUGUUGACUCUCGAUACGCAGCUGACCACCCCGGGUCUUGGAAUCCCAGCGCACCUGAGACGACGGGGCUCUGACGGCAGCAUACCAAGUCCAAACCCAGCCUUCUUGGACCUGGCCAACUCAUCCUCGAUUCGAACACCGCUGACACCAACGGCGUGGUAUCUUGGACAGGCAAAUUCGCUCGAGGCAGUUCAAUCUAGUGGGAGGACGAAUCUCAGUCACCGCAGAUCGCGGAGCGACUUUGUGAAUUACAGCGAAUCCCUUGCAGAGCCGUGGAAUCCUCAGAUGGCGGUUUCAGCGCCCUUGCAGCCAUGGAAGACCGGGGACGGGUCUCCCGACAGUCCAAAUUCCAGGUCCCGCAUUCCGAUCUCCUCACGCCGCCUAAGCUCUGGUUCCGGCUCGGAAACUCUCUCCCCAACCGCGAAUGCGACAUUUCGCAGUCGCUCCAACUCCAUAUCAUUGGCCCCGAAGGGCACAAGCCGACUCCCUAAACCGUCUGGAAUUAAUAGUCCCACCGUUGCCGACCGUGGCGCGGAGCGCAAUAUUCCUCGCUCGCGCCAACGUCAAUUGCCCGAACUGGGUAACGUGGAUUUCGAAACGCGUCGACAGCGCAUCCAGCAAGCAUUUAAUCGGUCUGUUCAAGAGAAUGAACGAAAAGAAGAGGAGGAAGCGGAACUUCGACGUCGUACAAAGGUGGUAGUAGUGCCCGAAUCACCCGAGGAAGAGCAGACAACACCGAGUGCGGCUACCAGCAAUCAUCCGUUACCCAUAGAGAUGACUACAACAGUCACCGAGUCAAUAGAGGCUCCUGUUGAUAACGUGGAGCCUCGUACUGUGCCUCAACUUCAUUUGAAUACAUCGGUACCUGUUUCGGAAAACAAUGCUCCACAUACGACAAUGGAUUCUCCGACACUCGGGUUGCCGGAUGGUAGUCAACGUGAACUAUCAAACAGUGGCGCGCCUGGCUUGAGAGUCCCUGACGCGCCAAACUCGGCCAGCUCUGAUGAUACACACAUUGAUCCAGAACCGCAGACACAUCUCAUCCCACGCAAGCCUAGUGCGGCUCAAACCCACCGCACUUUGCUAAACCAUAUCAUGCAAAUUCGCGAAUCCAGCUCGAGCAGCGAGUCAUGUGACGAGCCAGAAUGCAGUAUGUCCGAGAAUGACGACAAAGAGUCGAUCAAAAUCAUGCUUCCUGGGCCAUCCUUCUUCAGAUCUUCGAGCACCCUGGACCACCAAGAGGCCAGGAAGGCCCAGCCAUUACAGCAGCAAUCUAAAGCUGCCGAUCCAUCUGAUCCUCGAUGGAGUAUGAGCUCAUGGUCUUCUUCCGUCCAUAAUCAAGAAUCAACCUGCGACGAACAAUGCGAAGAGGACAGCGGAGAGGACUCUGUUCUCCAGGGACCUCAUCUAGGGAUAGAGGAGCCACCAACAGAGCCGUGCUCGGCUGCCUCAACGCGCCCAGCUUCCUUUGCAGAUGAUGAGCAUGAGGACGGCCCAUUCCAGGAUCUCGGGCUAAUGGGCCCAGACACGCUUCAAACAUCACAAUUACCCGCAUCCAACCUUUUCUCCACACCCCCAAUCCUCGUUAAGAGAGGGAAAUGGGACUCGCGCCGUGUUACACAGUUGUAUCUGGAAGAAUUGGCGCGAGGCAGGGCUCCUGACCAUGGUCUUCCCGCAGCCCGAGUUUCUCCUGGUCUCCCACCUGCGCGCGCUUCGCCUGCCCUUUCAGCCGCCCGCCAAACGCCCGCUCCCCCACUAAGGGAGUAUACAGUGGGAUUACAAGAGAAUAUACGCCAAGACAUACGAGUUCCCGCAAUGCGGAUCGACGCGCCGGCUGAUGAUUUGGCAGACGAGCCAGUGGUUGUGCCCAGGUUCCAGGAUCCUUCCGUUAUGUCUAACCGGCAUUCGAAUGCAGCAAGUCUGGUUGGACCCGGCGACUGGGAGGAUGCUUCCCCGUCUGUUAUGGACUGGAUGCAGAUGGCUGCAGAAGAUGACCAAGUCACGCCUGCCAAUGACAGACCCGAGUACAUGAAUGAUGUAUCUCACAGCGCGGGUAGCAGUGAAGAUUCCUCACUCCGAAGAAUUGAACCAAUUCAUUCCGAUCAAGCUGCAGGCUCUUCUGUCACAUCCCUGGCACCAUCUGCUGAAAAUCCAGUGCGCAUGGAUUCGAGAAAGUCGCCCUCACCAGAACAGCGACGUCUCAAGAAACGACGCAACGUUAUUAAAGAGCUUGUUGACACAGAACAUACGUUUGGCCGUGAUAUGAAGGUUGUGGAUGAUAUUUAUAAGGGGACGUCAGGAUCUUGUCUGGAUCUCUCGCCGGAGGAUGUUAAAAUUCUUUUUGGCAACUCUAACGACAUUGUGCAAUUCUCUCAAUCCUUCCAAGAUGCACUGAAGCAAGCUGCGAGAAGCAUUUACAUCAUGCCAAAGUCCCAGCGCUGGAGCAGCAAACGGAAUGCUGACCGUCCUGCUUCACAGGCUGUUGAGGAGGAGUCGGCGGAUACAGGCUUUUCGGACCUCGAGAAGGAUCGUGCUACCAACAUUGGUCAGGCGUUCGUCACUAACAUGGCUCAAAUGGAAAGGGUCUAUUCCGAAUACUUGAAGAACUAUGACGCUGCAAACAAGAAACUGCAGAUUCUUCAGGGGAACCCGAAAGUCGAUAUUUGGCUGAGAGAAUGCCGGGAUUGGGCAGCGGAUCUUACGACCGCCUGGGAUUUAGAUUCGUUACUGGUCAAGCCCGUACAACGAAUUCUUAAAUAUCCUCUCCUCCUGAACGAGCUUCUAGCUGCGACACCAACUGAUCACCCUGACCACGCACAACUUUUGAAUGCCCGUACAGAAGUCACCAAUGUUUCUAUCAGAAUUAAUGAUAUGAAGAAGCGUGUUGACGUUGUGGGCCAGGUGGUUGGUCGGAAAAGAAACCAGUCUGAUGUCCGAGCGGGUCUGUCCAAGGCUUUCGGGCGUCGCACAGAGAAAUUCCGGCAACAAGUGGGCAUGUCUGACUUGGUCGAAGACAAGGAAUAUGAUGCCCUGUCCCAUAGCUUUGGUGACGGUUUCUUCCAAUUGCAGGUGGUCAUGCGUGAUGUUGAGAUGUAUACUCAGGAAACGACACGUGCAAUGGAUCAACUCAAUGACUUUGUUCUUGCUAUUGAAAGCAUGAUCAAUGUCUCUCCAUCACACUACACAGAGCUCGAGGUCAAAUGGCGCCUGUUCAAGAAUUCAAUCAGGGAGAUCAUAACCGUCGAUUUGCCCGAGCAUCUUGCCGUGGUCCGCAAGAGUGUCAUUCAGCCAAUGGUCACACUCCUUAAAAUCCACGAGGGGCCCCAGCGAGUGAUGAAGAAGCGCGACAAGCGAUUGAUUGAUUAUGGUCGCUACAAGGCUCUCGUCGACCGUGGCGAUAAACCCGAUAAGAAAACUACAGAGCAGGGCGAGCAAUACACUGCUUUGAACGAAACUUUGAAGGAAGAGUUACCCAGACUAUAUGCAUUGACUGCGAAGCUUAUGGAGGCUUGUCUCAAGAACUUCGUUCAAAUUCAGACAACCUGGUGGGGUACCAUGCAAAAGAAAGUGGGAGCUCACGUGGACGCAUUCCCAGAUGCCUUCGAGAAGUUGAUCAGCGACUGGAGCAGUGACUACAGUCUUGCAGAGGCACAAGUCCUUUCUCUUGGCAUCUGUAACGGGGCCCUCCUAGCUGACACCGUGAACCUCGUCAACUUCAACACGCCUUCAGUAGGAGUUGGUGGUAUGACCUCUCCUCGUCGGCCUUCCAUGAGCUCAACUCGUCGAACCUCCACUGCCAAUAGCUCUACCCAUCGCCGGUCGAUCAUAGAGGAUUCACCCAAGAUCUCUCAGGACUUCGGCGGCGUUAGUCAGCUCUUCCAAUCUCCCCGGAUUGAGAGCUCAUCAAGCAUCAGCCGCCAUCGUGCUGACUCGACUUUCUCCUCGCGCCCCAUCCCCGAGUCCCCAGAUACCUCACGCAGCCUUCAACAAGUUACCCACUCUUCGUCUGCUGCCGGUGACUCCCAACACUCAGCUGGAACCGAAGCAUUCCCUAGUUUGCCAAGACUCAGUAUUGAUGGGCCUUUACUCGCCGAAAUUCUUAGAGCUACGUCGGGUGGCAACGACCCAUUAGUUGCCCCGGCUCGAACUUCUGGCUUAUUUUCGUCCGCCAUGCCGAUGUCCGAUAAUCCAAACGAACAUGAGCCUCCACAGGACCCUGAAGUCCAUGCCCCCAAGGAACCUGCAGUGUUGUUCCUGGCCGCAAGUCUCUACGAGUUCAAUAUCGAUCGUGCCCGGCGCGAGGCUGGCUAUCCCUACUUGACCUACGUGGCUGGAGAAAUCUUCGACGUCUUCGGUGAAAAGGGCGAAUUGUGGCUUGCCCGCAACCAAGAUGACUCUACCAGCCAAGUUGGCUGGAUUUGGAUGAAACAUUUUGCCAAGCUGUCGUCAUAG